AUGAGGUUGCAGCCACUUCCCCGGGAUGAGCUCCUCGACAUCGCCGAGAGAGGCAGCGCCACAGCCGUGACCGUGCUUCUGUUCUGGGGAAACACAGCUCCAGCUAUCAUUUUUGACAAAACAGAGGACGUCCCCCGAUUAUGUCGUUAUGGUGCCCUGACAACGACGAUUGUUGUAAUUGGUUGCUUUCGGAGCUCUUAUCGGAAACUCUUGACACCUGAUCUCUCCGAAAAUGAACGUAAGCUAGGGUUUGUUUUAUUUUGGUCUGUGGGAAGCGCUUUUUGUGAGGUUAUCUCUUGGCUUUUCAUUGAAUGGCAUGCUCGGCUGUUUGCGACAGCGAGGUUAUUGAUGCAUGGAGUAUCAUGGCAAGCGCUUACAAGUCUCGGAUGCUACGAUUCUUCGUCUUGGUACGAAUCAUUAAAGAUGGAAAACGCGAUGGCUUGUCUGCAUCUGUCAGGCAAGCUGUUCUUUCUGGCAUUGGCUUGUUCCAAAUACAACCAACAGGUCCGCAGCGAAUUGGAAUUUCGAGAGGCCCUUUUUUGGUUCUCUACUCUUGGAAUAUUUCAAGGUUACAGCUUAGUAAUACAAAGUUUUUCUCUUUCCCGGCAAAUGGAUGGAUUGGAAAGUUCUUGGCCAGACCCUGCCAACUCAUUGGACCAAUGUCUUGUUUGGAGUAUUUUUGUAAUUCCAAUACUGGGUUCCUUGGUAUCUUCAACAUUUGCCUAUCAAUUACUCUUCAACAAAGGUGGAGUACAGCCGAGGCAGCAGCAAGCGGAAACGAGACCAGGGGCUGGUGGCAGCUAG